UUUCUAAUUUUAUAACAAUUACCCUUUAUAAAAUACUUCCCCUUUUUUGGAGUCUCCAUCUGUAUUUCUGACUUAGAAACUGAAAAUGAUUUAGAAAAAAGAGCACCUGUUGAAACUGUGAAUACUUCUGGAAGUUUUUCCUCGAGAACUUCUUCAGAUCUUUUGAAUAGUGAAAAUGGAAGUUCUCGACGUUUGCUCGUUUCUUCAAAUACAGUAUCUUCUACAAUGUUUGAACGAAUUCGUGGACAAACGAAAAAUGAAUAUGUAGAAGUUUAUACAAAUGACGAUGAUUCGGAUACUGAAUCGGUUAUAGAGUCAAAAAAGCAAAAAAUACUGGACACAACUGAAGUGAAGAGUGAACAUAGUUUGGCUUAUGAGGCAGUUCCUCCUUUACUUGUAUCAGUGGCUGGUUUAAUGUCAGCUGGAUGGCUUUUAGAUGUCGUUCAAUAUUGGCCUGUUUUUACCAAAGUUACAGAAUUAUUUGUCUUGGUGCCAGUAUUGUUAAAUUUAAAGGGAAAUCUUGAGAUGAAUUUGGCAUCUCGGUUAUCCACAUUGUCGAACUUAGGAGAAUUAGAUAAACCAUCUGUUCGAUACGCGUUGGUUUGGGGUAAUUUAGCAGUUCUUCAAGUUCAAUCUCUGAUCGUUGGUGCAGUUGCUGGAUUGUUUUCAUUUCUCGAAGGAGUCGUAUUUCAUUCAGAUCAUGUGAGUACAUUUCAUGAGAGUAUUCUCGUAAUAGUUGCCUCAAUGGUUUGCGCAGCAUUAAGUAGCAUGAUAUUGGGAACUUUCAUGUGCGUUCUAAUAAUACUAUGUAGGCGUUUUCGGAUUAACCCCGAUAACAUUGCAUGUCCAAUGGCUUCGUCGCUUGGUGAUUUGCUUACUUUAAUUAUUCUUGCGACUUGUGGCGAAAUCUUAUUGCAAUAUCUUCACACAUAUGUCAGCACUGCAAUGUUUCUCAUACUUGCAGCAAGUAUUCCUCUAUGGGUGCGUUUUGUAUGGUCGAAUCCAACCGUUCAUGACUUAUUAGUAAGUGGGUGGAGUCCGUUAUUCAUGGCUAUGGUUAUUGCAAGCAUGGCUGGCUUGGUUUUAGAGCGUUAUAUUGAACAUUAUAAUGGACUUGCACUUCUAACUCCUGUAUUAAAUGGUAUUGCUGGUAAUUUAGGAUCUAUUUACGCGUCAAGAAUUUCAACUCGUCUUCAUAGUGGUGAAGAAGAAAAUUAUCGUCACUCGGAAAUCGUAUUAUUCCUAAUUCAUAUACCAAUUGAAAUUGUAUUUUUAAUAUUUGCUUGGUGGUUCGAUAUUGGACAUGUGAAUCUUUCUUGGAGUUUUUCUAUUACUUAUUUAUUUGUUUCGAUAAUAUGUGUUGCAUUUACCCUUUUUCUUUCUAAAAUGUUGACCCUUUGGUUAUGGCAUAAUGAAUAUGAUCCCGAUAAUUAUUCAUUACCAUACAUAACCGCUAUUGUUGAUGUCGUAGGUACUGGAUUAUUAGCGUUUUCGUAUUGGGGAUUAUCUGAAAUAGGACUCCAUGUUGAAAAUCAUAUAAAAAAACCUCACCAUUAAUGUUAUUAAUAUUUAAUUUAUAGAUUUGAACAAUGUAAAAAUUAGAAUAUUUUAAUGUUUGGCCAAAUUACUUAAAUUAAUCGAUUUUUUGUAGAUAUAGUUAGAGAAAUAAUUCGAGUUUUUCAUUUUUAUUUGAAAUAAUAAUGUUUU